UGGCACGGCCGUGUAAGGAGGUGGAGGUGGUCAGGAUUGCACCUUGGGGUGCGGGGCUCCUGGGGCACAGAUGGACCUUUCUUGAGGUGCCCACAGGGGGUAGAGCCCUUCUCUGGGAUCUCUGGGGCUGGAGCUGGGCAGAGGAGGAGGAGAGGGAGAUAACAGACCCCACAAGGAAAAGGGCGGCCCACGAUCUCUCACAGAGGUGUCUGUCCCACAGCUCAGAGCCAUGUCAUCUGGCCAGCAGGUGUGGCACACGGCCAUGCCACUCCCUCGCCGGAGCAGCUCCACAGCCUCAGUGCCCAGGUCCCCUGGCACCCCUGGCUCGGAGAAGGUGGCCUCCCCGCUGGAAUGCUCCAUCUGCUUCUCCGGCUACGACAACAUCUUCAAGACGCCCAAGGAGCUCACCUGCACCCACGUCUUCUGCCUGGAGUGCCUGGCCCGGCUGGUGGCCGCCCAGCCGGCCGGCCGCCCUGGCGGUGAGGCCGUGCCCUGCCCCUUCUGCAGGAAGCCCACGGCCGUGCCACCCGCCGGGGCCCCCGCGCUGCGCACCAGCCGCCAGCUGCAGGCCCGGAUGCCGGCGCACCUGCGGCGCGAGGAGCCCGUGUGGCUGGACGGCACAAAGCUGUGCUGCCAGCCUCCGCCCGCCACGCCCGGCCGCGCGCCGGACUUCAUAUGUGUGGAUGUGGGCCUGAGCAAGCCCCCCGAGACCGCCGCGCCCACACCCGCCCCAGACCUGGCGCCCCGUCGGGGCCGCCUGGCCCGCUGCUGGGCGCGCUGUGGGGACUGGCGGCGCGUGGCGCUGGUGUCUGCCCUGCUGCUGCUGCUCUUCUGCGUGGUGCUCUGGCCCGUGCAGUGCGCGCUCAAGACCGGGAGCCUGCGCUGCCUGCCCCCACACCCCACGGCCACCGCCAGCGCCACCGCCGCCUUCUCCCUCGGGCCUCUGACCGACAACUAGGGUCCACACGUGGGCGUCCCCCACCGCCAGGCUCCAGGGCCCAGCAGCCACCGGAAGUCGUCCCCCAAAGAGCACCAUCACCUCGGGGACCCCAGCUGGCCCCCCAAGACCUGCACGUAUUCCAGGCCGUCCCUCCCCGAGGCCUGUCUGGUGGGAUGAACAAAAAGGCUCCACAGACACGCGGCCGCCCUCCUUACGCACUGCGGGUCACCCGUGAGGGCAGGGUGCUCCCUUACCGAGGAGGACUGGCCGUCCUUCCUGUACUCGACAUUUCACAGCGAGCCCCUCGGCACCCCCUCUGCUAGGCGGGGCUCAUCUAGCCCUCCGACGGGGUCAGGGGACAGAGUGGAGGCAUCUCCCCAACACCACCUGCCCCCACCCCCAUCCCAGCCACCCGUCCAACUUUUGUGAGCUGUAAGUUUUUAAAUAAAUUAUUUAUGUCCACAUUUGGUUCAAGGUCCCCGCCCUGUCCCCAGCCUCAACUUGAAGAGAAGAUACCCCACUGGGUCAGAUGCCUGGCUGCCACAGGGACGGGGCCCAUGGCUCCAGGACACCUGGGGCACGGCUGGCAGGAGGGGGGAGCCUGGGUCAGGCCCAGAGCCCUGCUGCGGGGCCCUUUUCCUCCCCAUCCCCUGCUGUGGACACCGUGGGCUACACCCCCAAGGAGUCUUGGCCCCACGGUCCCCUGGGAGCCCUGGACGGAGAGCCGCAGCAUCCAUGGGCCCUGGGGGCACCAAGCCUAGUGGUUUGCACAGAGAUGUGCAAACACAGGCCCCUGCAGACCUGCCAGCCCAGCCUGGCAGGUGAGGCGGCCCCACCUCAACCUGCCUUCAGCCAGGAAUCCUGCAGUACCAGGCGGGCAUGGCCAGGAGCCCUGGCCUCCUCACCCCUGGGCCUAAGGCCCAGGUACUUCCUGGUCCAACCAGCUAGGCCUCUGGCUAGGGUGGGGAGGGGGCUCAGGGAGACCCUGAAGAAGCUGGGUCCAGCCGUGGGGACCCACACGCACCCAUGCCCGAGGCCCCAACAAAGACACGAAACUGAGGACACGGCACUUUACUGACAAGCCACAUGGCCACAGGCCAUUCCAUGACGGGGGUGCUACCACAGACCACAGCCAGUGACUGCACACGCACGGUCAUGCCCGUGUGGGCCACACCCUGGGCUCCGAGGGACCAGGCACGUGCGGCAGUGUGCAGGCAGUCACGGGCAUCUCACCCGCACCCUAUUCGACAAGCACGUGUCCACCCUGUGCCCAUGACCACGAGCCGCCGGCUGAACCCCAGCCCACCAGGGCAGGAGGGGCAGCGCUGGCAGACUGAGCCCUGCUGUCCCGGCCACUCGCACAGGCAGCACGGGGUGGCUGCGCCCGCACACACACGGGCUCCCACGCCCACCCCCAGCACC